AUGACCAGGCUGACCAAUUUUAGCAUUGACGCCCCGCGCUGGGACCAGAGCACUUUUCUGGGGCGCCUAAAGCAUUUCUUCAACAUCACAGACCCGCGGACGGUGCUGGUGUCGGAACAUGAGCUGGACAGGGCUAAGGCGCUGGUGGAAAGCUGCAGGGCUGGCCUGGUUCCCCCGGGAACCAGCCAGGAACAGCUGUUCUACGCCAAGAAGCUCUACGACUCUGCGUUCCACCCAGACUCUGGCGAGAAGAUGAACCUGAUUGGGAGGAUGUCCUUUCAGGUGCCCGGGGGAAUGGCCAUCACUGGCUUCAUGCUGCAGUUUUACAGGACAGUCCCUGCGGUGGUUUUCUGGCAGUGGGUGAACCAGUCGUUCAAUGCCUUGGUGAACUACACCAACAGAAACGCGGCCUGCCCCAUCUCGCUCACGCAAAUCGGAGUGGCUUACGUCACCGCCACCAGCACAGCCCUGGCGACUGCAGUGGGACUCAACCUGUACACCAAGAGAGCCCCGCCCCUCGUGGCACGCUGGGUCCCGUUCGCGGCCGUAGCUGCCGCCAACUGUGUGAACAUCCCCAUGAUGAGGCAACAGGAGCUCAUUAACGGGAUCAUGGUGACGGAUGAGAAGGACUGUGAGCUGGGCCAUUCCAGGGUCGCUGCGGUCAAGGGGAUUACCCAGGUGGUGGUCUCCAGGAUCGUCAUGGCAGCACCUGGCAUGGUUCUUGUGCCGAUUCUCAUGGAGCGGCUGGAGAAGUUCCCCUUCAUGAAGAGAAUUCAGGUCCUCCACGCGCCUUUACAAGUGAUGCUGGCUGGGGGCUUCCUCCUGUUCAUGGUGCCGGUUGCCUGCUCGCUGUUCCCACAGAGAUGCUCUCUGGCGCUGUCUAGCCUGGAGCCGGAGCUCCGAGCCUCCAUCCAGGCCAAGCACGGGGACUGCGUGCCUUACGUCUAUUUUAACAAGGGAUUGUAA